AUGUCAGCAAAAUGUUUUCUGUUGAUAGCAUUCGUUUUAAUGUGCUCCUUAGUAGAUGCCAGACCAACACACUGUGAGAGGUGGAACGGUGAUAAGGAAUUUCGCUGUCUUAAAGAUAAUCACAAAGCCGAUAAAGUAGCAAUCCACAAUAAGACCGAUCAUCCUGUUACUUUCAAAGUAGAAAAGUGGUUAUCAAAGUGUGGAAGUCCUGGUCAAAAGUAUUCUGAUCUAAGGUAUGGUUUUGUUGAAGGAGCUACUAUUACUAUAGAUGUCAGUGAAGUUAAACCUGGAAGUUGUCACGAGAUGUUUAUUUCUAAAUGCAAAACCGGAAGUAGUAAUGUCAAUUGUCUGGAUGUAAUAACUGCAACACCAGUUCUAUAA